AUGAGUGAAAAAAGAAAAAAAGUGGUAUUGUCAAUUCAAGUUUCUCUUGAAUUGAUUAACAAUAUUGAAAAGGGUACGUCGAAAAAACAAAUCAGCUUGAAGUAUGGAAUAGGAGAAAGCACCGUUAGAGACAUUUUUAAACAGAAAGAUAAAUUAAUGAAAUUCGCGUCCGCAUCAGAAAACUGCUCAUCAAUGAAAAAAAGAAAAACCAUGAAAACUAGCACUUAUGAAGAAUUAGAUGCGGCUCUUUUACAGUGGAUAAGUCAAGUUAGAACUGAGGGAACUCCUGUUUCAGGACCUAGUGUUUCUGCAAAAGCAAAACAGUUUUUUGAAAUGUUAGGUUUAGAAGGGUGGUUAGACGCGUCAUCAGGGUGGUUGACAAGAUUUAAAAAACGCCACGGAAUAAGAGAAAUUGGAAUUCACGGCGAUAAAUUAAGUUGCGAUGAACAGGCAGCGGAAGACUUCAAAAUUAAAUUUGAACAGUUUCUUCAAAAAGAGAAAAUAUCAUAUGAACAAUUGUAUAGCGCUGAUGAGUCGGGGAUGUUCUGGAAAUGUUUGCCAACACGAACACUUGCAUUUGAAAGCGAGCGGCAUGCCCCAGGACAUAAAAGCAGUAAAGAACGCCUAACCAUAUUGACGUGCAGCAAUGCAACAGGUUCUCAAAAAUUAAAACUGGUAGUGAUUGGUAAAUCAAAAAAACCAAGAUCUUUUAAUGGGACCAGAGCAGAAAACCUCCCAGUACACUACUUUAACCAAAAAAAAGCCUGGAUGAAUCAAGAAAUAUUUAAAGAGUGGUUUGAAAAAAAAUUUAUUCCCCAAGUAAGAGAACAUCUCAAGUCUCAAAACUUACCUCAGAAAGCUGUAUUGCUUAUUGAUAAUGCCCCAUCCCACCCAGUUGACUUGAAAUCGAAAGAUGGAAAUAUUUAUGUCAAAUUUUUGCCUCCUAAUGUCACAGCUCUCAUCUAA